UUGUGCUCAGCCGGAGGAGGUGGAGCCUUUUCAUACACCGGCAGCCUCCCGCUGGCGACCCAUCAUCAUCACCAUGGUUACAAGCAUCACGGUUACCCAGGGCGACACACACCUUACCCCACCGCCUACCUGCCACACCGCUCACACUCCUCAGUCUGUCUGUCAGACGGAGUUCAGGUGUUACCUGAAGGGUGGAGUAACUCCUCCUCACGCCCUGCCUCCUCUUCUUCCUCCUCACCUUCCUCCUCCUCCCUCCCUCUGACCAGCACUGCUCCUUCAUCACAGCCGCCACCACCUCCUCACAGUUCCAG